GUCUCUGUGGAGUCAGAAACCAGAGCAACUUCGAGCGCAUAUAGAUACCGGUAGUGACGAUCAAAUCCCUAAAUUGGAUCCAGACUUGUGUUGAGUCGACAUGGCUUCCGAUGCCGAUAUGGAGGACUACGGAUUUGAGUACUCAGAGGAGGAGCCAGAAGAGCAAGACGUUGAUAUUGAGAAUCAAUAUUACAAUUCAAAAGGUUUGGUUGAAACUGAUCCCGAAGGGGCACUUGCUGGUUUUGCUGAGGUAGUUCAAAUGGAACAAGAAAAGGCAGACUGGGGAUUUAAAGCUCUCAAACAAACUGUCAAGAUUUAUUAUCGACUGGGAAGAUAUAAGGAAAUGAUGGAAUCCUAUAGGGAGAUGUUGACUUAUAUUAAGUCAGCAGUGACUCGAAACUAUAGUGAGAAAUGUAUCAAUAGCAUCAUGGACUAUGUCUCAGGUUCAGCUAGCCAGAACUUCAGCCUUUUGCAGGAAUUUUACCAAACAACUCUGAAAGCCCUUGAAGAAGCAAAGAAUGAGAGAUUGUGGUUCAAGACAAAUCUGAAGCUCUGCAAGAUUUUCUUCGAUAUUGGUGAAUAUGGACGAAUGAGUAAGAUAUUGAAGGAACUUCAUAAAUCUUGUCAAAGGGAAGAUGGCACAGAUGACCACAAGAAAGGAACCCAACUUUUGGAGGUAUAUGCCAUAGAGAUUCAGAUGUAUACGGAGACCAAAAAUAACAAAAAACUCAAGCAACUUUACCAAAAAGCACUCACUAUUAAGUCAGCAAUCCCCCAUCCAAGGAUAAUGGGGAUAAUUCAUGAAUGUGGGGGGAAAAUGCAUAUGGCAGAGCGCCAGUGGGCUGAAGCAGCUACUGACUUUUUUGAAGCUUUUAAGAAUUAUGAUGAAGCUGGGAAUCAGAGGCGCAUUCAAUGCCUGAAAUACCUCGUCUUAGCCAACAUGUUGAUGGAAUCUGAAGUCAAUCCAUUUGACGGGCAGGAAGCUAAGCCAUACAAGAAUGACCCUGAAAUUUUGGCAAUGACAAAUUUAAUAGCAGCUUAUCAACGGAAUGAAAUAUUAGAAUUUGAGAAAAUUUUGAAGAGUAACAGAAGGACCAUCAUGGACGACCCUUUUAUCAGAAAUUAUAUUGAGGAUCUGCUGAAGAACAUAAGAACACAAGUCUUGCUGAAGCUCAUCAAACCCUAUACAAGGAUCAGGAUCCCAUUUAUAUCUAAGGAACUUAAUGUGCCUGAGCAUGAUGUUGAGCAGCUAUUGGUGUCGCUAAUUUUGGAUAACAGAAUUCAAGGCCACAUAGAUCAAGUUAAUCGGCUAUUAGAACGCUCAGAUAGGUCAAAAGGAAUGAAAAAAUACUCUGCUGUCGAGAAAUGGAACACGCAGCUUAAAUCUCUUCAUCAAGCCAUCAGCAACAGGGUUAGUUAGGAUUUGAUUGGGAAAUGGUUAUACUUAUCUGUCUUGUGUACCCUCGCCUUGCGGUUUUGUGAUGAGAGGUAAUUUAGCUGUAUGAAGCAUCGGGAAUGUACUACCUCAAUAGGGAAACCCGCGUGAAACUCGACUUUUGGUCCAUGUGUUACAUUCUGCAUAUAAUUAUUUGCAAAUCCAUGUUCGAGGUAAAUUUAACCAAUUUUUAGCCCCGAAAAUGUCUGCAGUGUUCGCAAGGCCCCUCC